UGGAAAAAUAAUAUGGGCCAGAUAAUAAUGGAAUUAUUGAGAAAUUAUGCAAUAUUGGCAAGGUGAUUCAUUCGUUGUUGCUCCACCUGUACUUCCUACCCUUUCCAUACAAUUAGUUUCUCCACCGGCAGCGUCUGUCAGACUGUCACGAUGAGUUCUUCCGUGGCAUCGUUCACGGCCAAUCAUCAUAUUAUGCUGCUUUCCUGCGCCGAUGCGGUUCGGCUUUCAGGAGCGAAUAGCUCCGGCGGACGGAGAGUUAAGUUAAGACUAACUCCUCCUCGAGCAGCUCUGGUGGAGGCGAGGCCUCAGCAAGUACCAGCAAUUAGAGAUGUAGCCGGGAACAGUAAUGUUACUGGGCAAACCCUUCAAGUUGGUCCAUCUAGCAGAGAUCGAGCCGACGAUAUGCAAUCUGAAGCCAGAGCUAUGACACGUGCUGCGGAUGCUUCUGUUUAUAGCCCUGAUUUGUUAUCCAACAAGUAUGGCUCUCGCCCAAUUAAGGUACUGAGAAGAGCUCUUCAAAUAUUCAAUGGACUUGGUUCAUUCGCCCUAAAAGUAUGGCUUGACCAGUUGAACGGGGAGCUUGAUCGGAAAAUGAGAUUGCGUGCCAUUGAACUUAGGCAGACUUUCACCAGAUUGGGGCCUACAUUUGUUAAAAUUGGUCAGGGUUUAUCCACUAGGCCUGAUUUAUGCCCACCCGAGUACCUUGAGGAGCUCUCGGAGCUGCAGGAUGCUUUGCCAACAUUUCCAGAUGCACAAGCAUUUUCAUGCAUUGAGAGAGAGUUGGGUCGUCCGCUUGAAACUGUCUACUCAUCUAUAUCUCCAUCACCUAUUGCUGCAGCCAGUCUUGGUCAAGUUUAUAAAGCUCAACUUAAGUACUCGGGCCAGGUCGUUGCUGUGAAGGUGCAACGGCCAGGUAUUGAAGAAGCAAUAGGAUUAGACUUCUACCUAAUAAGGGGAGUAGGCAUCCUGAUUAAUAAAUAUGUUGACAUAAUUUCAAGUGACAUUGUUGCUCUUAUUGAUGAAUUUGCUCGCAGAGUUUAUCAAGAGCUCAACUAUGUACAGGAAGGGCAGAAUGCAAGGAGAUUUAAAAAGUUGUACGCUGACAAAGAAGAUGUUCUUGUUCCCGAUAUUUUUUGGGACUACACAAGUGGGAAGGUAUUAACAAUGGAGUGGGUUGAAGGUGUCAAGUUGAACGAGCAAGAAGCUAUUGAGAGGCAAGGGCUAAAGGUUUUGGAUCUGGUAAAUACGGGCAUCCAAUGCAGUCUCAGACAGCUGCUUGAGUAUGGUUAUUUUCAUGCUGAUCCUCAUCCUGGGAACCUUUUGGCAACACCUGAGGGGAAGCUUGCUUUUCUUGAUUUUGGGAUGAUGAGUGAAACUCCUGAAGAAGCAAGAUUUGCUAUUAUUGGUCAUGUUGUUCACAUGGUCAAUCGGGAUUAUGAAGCGAUGGCUCGUGACUACUAUGCUUUAGACUUUUUAUCUCCCAAUGUGGAUGUUUCUCCAAUUGUACCAGCACUGCGAGACUUCUUCGAUGAUGCACUUAAUUCAACAGUAAGCGAGCUUAACUUCAAAACACUUGUAGAUGGUCUGGGUGCUGUGUUAUAUCAAUAUCCCUUUAAUGUUCCGGCUUAUUACGCAUUGAUUUUGAGAUCUCUCACUGUUUUAGAAGGUUUAGCAUUAUAUGCUGAUCCUAAGUUUAAAGUGCUGGCUGCUUCAUAUCCAUAUUUUGCUAAAAGGCUUCUUACAGAUCCUAAUCCAUAUCUGAGAGAUGCUCUCAUUGAGUUACUUUUCAAGGAUGGGAAAUUCAGGUGGAGUAGACUUGAAAACUUGCUUGUCCAGGGAAAGAAAGACAGGGACUUUUCUGCAAAAGAUGCGUUGCAACCUGUCCUGAAGUUGUUGUUGGGUCCAGAUGGUAAAGAAUUAAGGGAUUUGGUUAUCAAAGAGGCAAUCCGUGUCAGUGAAGCUAUUAUUCUGGGUUCAGCUAUUGAAUCAUUUAAUUCUGUUCCUGGUCCCAUGAGGACUUUUGUUUUCAAUGGAAAUGCAAGUGGUCCCUUUACAAUAAGUGCUGCUGAGCAACAGAGCUUAAUGGAACUUAGGGCACAGGUGAUCAAGAUAUGGGGACUAUUGCAAUCCUCAGAGAAUUUUGAUCCGAAUCUUUUGCAACCAAUUUUGCAGGUACUUCAAGAACCAGAAGCACGCAGUAUUGGAGGGCGUGUAGUUGGUGGAAUAUCUCAACGUCUUGCAGCGCGCUUACUGCAACAAGUUCUUCGUGCACCUGAAACAACUGCUGCUGCAUAAUUGUUUGUCUUGAACUUUAAUAUAAUGUAACUGUCCAUAAACAUACUUUAGCCUGUCAAAGGAAGGUCAUAUAGAAUAUAAAUCACAUCAGAUGCAACAAUCAAUAAUCCAA